AUGGGGAAGGGCGGGCCGAUGGCGUUCCUGAACAAGAAGACCUGGCACCCGGGCCGGGUGCAGAACAUGGAGGAGGUCUGGAAACGGGAGCAGGUGGCUUCCAAGGAGGAGCAGAAAGUGAGGGACCUGCAGAAACAGAUCGCGGAGGAGAGGGCCCGGGAGGAGCUGCACUCCAUGGCACAGGCAGCUGGGGUGAAAGUGCGAAACGAUCGGCUGGACUGGAUGUACCAGGGCGGCGUCAUGGCCAAGAAAGAAGCUGACUCGCGGGUCGCGACUCAGGGAGUUGGCUCGAGUGACGACCCUGGGGCGCAAGCGUCGAGUCAGGGGGAGCCUGCGCAGGACGCCGCGCCCGUCUCCCUCCCCGCCUUCUACUCCAACGACACCCCCGCCUCGGCCAACGAGAUGUGGCAGCGCUUGCACGCCGACCCGCUCUUCGCCAUCAAGCACCAGGAGCAGAGCGCCCGACGCUCGAUCCUGGCCAACCCGGUCCAGAUGCAGGCCAUCAAAGCGCAGAUUGGGGGGCAUGGCGGGGGGGGUUCGCAGGCCCACAGGGACGCGGCGUCGGCGCAGGCUCAGGGCACACGCUACGGCCUCAAUUACCUGCGGCAGGAGGUUGAGGAUGAGGAGCGCAGUGCCCGGGCCGAGGCGACGCAGCGCCACCUGGCGGAGGCGGCGAGGCGGCGGGAGGAGGAGGAGCGCGCGGCUGCCGCCACGCGUGGCCAGCGCGCGACGUACCGGCCGGGCCGGCUGAGUGCCGAGGAGCAGGCGGCGCGGCUGUCGGCCAUGGCGCACGCGGCGGAGGCCCAUGAGGACGAGCGGGUGGUGCGCGUGCGAUCCCAGACCGUGCGGGAGGCAGCGGAAGAGAGGGAGGCGGGCCUGAGGGCUGCGGGGACGACAGCGAGCUUCCUCGAGUCUGCGCAGAAGGGAGUUUACGGCGCCGAGGGGGGUUUGGGCGCGUCCGGGAAUGGGUCGUUGGCUGAGGCCGUGAACCGCCGGAAGCACUUCAACCAGCGAGGAUCGGCGGCCGGCGGCGCGGCCUUCAGGAGGUGA